AUGAUGACGGCUCUUGCUACUGCACCCGUCAUGAAUGGUAGUCACGACUCUGGGGCCGAAACGGGGACGGAGCACAGUCCAUCCCGAUUUACCGCAGUUAAUGGCAGAGAACCCGUGAUCUCUGGAAAUGGCAAUGGGAAUGGGCAUGGGCCAACACCUAGCUCCAUCCCCAAUGGAGAACGUGUAUCCACCCAGGAAAAGACCAACUUAGAUCCCAGCCGAGAUGAUCGGGAUGAUCCUGCCAAUGAUCAAGAAAGGUCACAAAUAUCCUCGCCCAGCGGCUCUCACAACAAGAAUAAGAGAAAGAGAUCAGAGUCCCGAGAACGAGAUUCCGCGAACGCCUCCAGGAGUCCGGUAAACCGUCCUACUGAGAUCAAUCAACCCAAUCCGAAUGGCCUGCCAGGAUCGGUCUCGGAGGUGGAGCGGGGCAAUCAUUCUGCAACACCAUCUCACCGGUCCGAGGGCAAUGAUGCGGGCCAGACCUCCGCCAAUAGUCCUUGGUCAGAAUAUGAUUCUCAGUUGAUCACCCAGGCACAACGGGCCCAGCAAAUUGAUCCAUCAGAUGCCCACCUGGCAGACGCUCUUCAACGCGAGGCAGGGCAAGAAAGGUCCAUGACAAAUCGGUCGACCCCCGGCGUGCAACAGCCGUCCUCUCCUAGUUAUGCGCCAGAUCGACAUGGGGCAAUGCAGGUGGCUCCAAAGAGGAAGCGGGUAUUUAGUAACCGAACGAAGACAGGCUGUAUGACCUGCCGCCGCAGAAAAAAGAAAUGCGACGAGCAACAUCCGGCGUGCAACAACUGUCUUCGUGGGGGCUUCCUGUGUGAAGGAUAUUCAUCCCGAAGCACCUGGCAAAAGCCAUCUAGUUCAAAAACCCCGAUCCCUUUGCAAUCCAAAGAAGGCUAUUCAGACAUCAAUGGCCCGUAUAUGCAAGAAACCCCUCGACACCAAGAUCGACAACCUAACCUAGUGGAGCAUGUCGACACGACAAAAAUCAGGCCCCUGGUGGUGGAGGAAAAUGAGCGCCCCGUUCAACAAUACAACACCAGCCCAACAGUUACACCAUCCAAUCAUGCGUGGUCAAAACAAGCUUGGCCAAGUGCUGGCCCAGGGACUGGGUCCAAUACCAGUCAUCCACCUUAUCCGCCCGAACCCAUGGCGAAAGUGGUCGAUUAUCGGGAGGUUCCACCCAUCCAUGAGCUAUCGCGGGAAGGACGCCCCAAACCUGACUAUCCGGUCAUCUCUUCACUUCGGGACCUCAGUCAUCCAUCUCAUCCUAAAUCCAAUAUGCCGUUAUUCCAAAAUGGGCCCGAGCAACGAACAUUGCCCGCAGCGACUGUGGACACCCAUAGUCCCCAGGCGCAGGCUCGGAUGGCACUUAGUAUCGAGCAUCAGCUCUCUGGCCGUACUUUAUCGAGUGACGAGACUGAGAAGGAAAAGAUGAUUAGAGGCAAACUCUACCGACCAUUUGACGUCCACCUUGUGGAGGAAAGGGAUCGUUGCCGAGGCGCACUAUGGAAAUUUAACAACGCCUGCAAUCCGCUCAACGGCAUCAGUUCGAAAGAGCAAAACCGCCUCCUGAAGGAGAUCAUCGUACCCCCGGCAUCUUCCAUUAUCAACUCACCAGCUGGAACCGGCGUGCCUCGCUCUGCCGGAUCCAUCGGCCAAGGGGCGGUUGUCGAGGCUCCUUUUAGUUGUCAUUAUGGCUAUAACCUCCACAUCGGGGAAGAUGUCAUGAUCUCGGAGAAUUGCCUGUUUGUGGAUGACUGUGUUAUCCGCAUCGGUGCUCAUACAUGGAUAGGCCCCAACGUCAAAAUAAUUAGUUCAACUGCUCAUCCCAAUAUGCAGGAGCGCAAAGGCUCGCAAAGUCGAUAUCAAGGUCGGCAAGUCAUUAUCGAAGAAGAUUGUUAUGUCGGCGCGGGUUGCAUCAUCUACCCAGGGGUUCGUCUUGCUCGUGGCGUUUAUGUGGCCCCAGGAGAGAUUGUCAACACGAACAUUGCAGGUUACAUGUUUCAGGGGUCAAAACCCAGCUUUGCUAUGUGA